AGCUUCGUUUCUCUGGGCACAGGUCAUCGCCUCAAAAGUUCUAGAGCGAAAUAAUUCUCCACGAAAAAAAAGAGAAAGACUGAAACUGAAAUAAGGGGAUAUUUUGUUGAACAGAAGUUCCCAUCUCUUAUUCAAGAUACACGAGUAGAUAUCAUGAACGAAUUGUGUUGGAACGGGCCUUUUCAGUUUUUCCCAUCCUUCGACGACUUCAAGGAUCUCCGUGGGACUUUCAUCGCCAACUGUAUCUUCAACGGUUUUUUAACCUAUACCGCCAUCUUGUUGAACAUUAUUACCAUCUACGUGAUACAGAAGACUGCGACCUUACCAAAGACUUUGAAAACGUUACUGACGAGUCUCGCUGUUUCUGACGUUAUUAUUGGUUUGGUUGGUCAACCAACUUACAUUUCAUUUCUUGCCAGUUGGUUUAAAUGGGGCGAUCCAAGCUGCAACGCUUACCGAUGGCUCAUGAUUUCCGCUACCUUAUUUUCUUUAGCUUCGUUCCUGGGUGUUGUGGCUAUAAGUGUAGACAGGUUCUUAGCUAUUCAUCUUCAUCUCAGAUACCAAGAACUUGUGACUCGCACACGUGUUGUUACUCUGGUUAUCUCAAUUUGGGUGUUCAGUGCAUUUGUUUCUUUGAUGGUACUUUGGGUCUCUGUCAGUAUUUAUACUGCUAUUGUUGCAGUUACUAUAGUUUGUGGUUUCAUUGUCAAUAUCGUGGUGUAUAUCAGGAUAUUUUUAAUUGUCCAACAGCACAAGAAUCAGAUUCAGUCCCUGCAAGUACUUGAAACAUCUCAGUCUGGUGAAAUGACAAAUUUUGCAGGUCUCAUUAAAUCAACAGUUGGUGUAUUGUAUGUGUUUCUCGUGUUUCUAGUUUGCUAUCUGCCGUGCACUAUCUCUGUGGUUGUUAUUAUGAUCAACGGUCCGAGUAUCACCUUAAAGAGAUUUUUUCUUUGCUCAUUGACUCUUGUAUAUCUGAAUUCAUCUCUGAACCCUGUAAUUUACUGCUGGAAGAUGAGACACAUUCGGCAGGCCAUCAUGGCUACAAUGAGGAACAUUUCGAAUAGAAGGCGUCCUUCGCGUUAAUUUCACAGGCAAUUUUCUUAGGGUUUGUUGUCAUAGUUAUUGUUUGUUAUUAACUUUCUGGGUUACUAACGGGAUGUGUCACGCAACACAAAAUGACUGGGAAGGCGUUACAAAUUGGACGAGAAUGAAAUUGAAACAUUUAAACUCAAUAAUUUAAAUCUGCAUAUGGAGAGAAUGCAAGUUAUUAAGUUAUAAUGUUAUAUAUCAAGACAUUUUCCAACAGCACAAGACUCAGAUCCAGUCCUUCAUAUUACAGGGAGUUGCGCAGUCUCAUUUGGAUUGAUAAAGUGUUGUUAUUGUGUACGCAUAUCUUAAGUUUUUCAGCUGGUUAUUUGCUAUACGUUGAUUGAAAGGCUGCCAUGAAAAUCAGUGGCCCGAGUGUUGCGUCAAAAAAUUUUCAUCUAUUCUUGUUAACUUAAUUAACG